UGGUGUUCUUGGCGUGUGGAGGUAGCAUUGAGAUUGCUGCAUAUAUAUAUAUAUCGGAACAAAUGGCUCAACAGAGAGGAUCUAUUAACUCCCAUUUAUAUCUACCAAAUUAGUCUGCUGGUCUCACCACAAAAAACAACUCCCGGGUUUCUUCUGAGGUCAGAUUUAGUGUUGCCACUUUCGGUAAGGUAAGUAACAUACAUGAAAAAUCAACGAAUUUUUACAAAGUUAGUUCGUCUCUCUUCCUCUUCCAUUUUACUCUUCUUGUAGCCCAUCUAGAAUUUAUAUGUAUACGGGUGAUUGUUCUUUCUCUUUUUCCAUGAUUUCCUUUUUUCUUUUUCUUUUUUUGUUGAAACAGUUGCCUUAAUGUUUGUUUCAUAUAUCUGUACACAUACUAUAUGCUAGAUUUCUAUUUUUGGAAACUUUUUUCAUGGUUAUGCAAUUUCCUUCUUCUCUUUCUCUAUAGGCUAUAGUUUCUUUUUAAUUUUCUUUUUGCCCCCUCUUUACUAGUGUACUAGGCUCCUGGGGAUGCAAAUCUGAAUCAAGGAAAAGGAAAUGGAUGGUACCCCAAAUUCUCCAGUCAAAUUAUUCUCAUCAUCAGGCAAUGCCAUUAACUGGGAUUUUAUGGAAGAGCUCUUGUAUCAAGAAUGCUGGUUGGAGAACAGUGCUGAAGGGUUCAACAUGACACAGCAGUCAGGUAACUCUAUCUCUAACAUUGUCUAUGACCCUUCCCGAUCUGUACCUUCUUUGAGAUCCAGUUAUCCAAAUAUAAACACACAGCAUGAGCAGCUCUAUCAAGAACAGAUAACUGGUCAUAGGAACUUCCCUUCAAACACACCUCUACAUUACCAUAAAGCUGAUGAACAUCCUCAGGAUGAAUCUGAGAGUACUACCACAACUGUAGUACAAUCCAAAAGGUUGCCAAUUAUUGAAGGUACUGAAGCGGGUAGAGGAUGGCCGAUUUCGAAUUCAAGGUCUUCUAAUUAUUCGGUGAAGGAAAGAAUAAGGCAAGCUCUUCAAUACUUGGAAGGUUAUACUAAAGACAAGGAUGUACUUAUUCAAGUAUGGAUGCCUAUAAAAAGAGGUGGAAAAAAUUUCCUUACUACAAUUGACCAGCCUUACUUUCUUAAACCGGGCUGUAAAAAUCUUUCCUGUUACAGAAAUGUUGCCAAAACCUAUGACUUUCCUUUAGAGGAGAAUUCACAGGACUCUAUAGGGUUUCCUGGCCGAGUUUUCUUGGAGAAGUUACCAGAUUGGAGUCCUGAUGUCCGUCUGUUCCGAGAGAACGAAUAUCCAUUCAGGGAUCAUGCAAGGCAGUACAACAUUUGUGGGUGCCUUGCUAUUCCUGUUUUGGGACCAAGUAGUGGGACUUGUUUGGGUGUCAUCGAAGUUGUCACUACUGCUCAUCACAAGAUAAGUUGUCGACCAGAAUUAGAAUAUAUUUGCAAAGCUCUCAAGGAGGUUGAUUUAAAGACUUCUCAAGACUUCUGUUCUCCCAGUGUUAAGGUUCUCAAUGAAUUGUAUGAAGUUGCUGUUCCUGAAAUAUCAGAGAUUUUGCAAUCUGUAUGCAAAAGAUUCAGAUUGCCUUUAGCUCUGACAUGGGCUCCAUGCAAGCGGCUAGGGGAAAGUGGAUAUGAUGAGCAUUUUCCCGAGAAGUUUGCUUCUUGUAUUCUUACAGUAGAUUCUGCAUGCUUUCUAGCUGAUAAGGAGCUUUCAGGAUUUUACAAGGCAUGUUCUGAACAAUAUAUUUUCCUCGGCCAAGGAACCGUCGGGAAAGCAUUCUCAAAACAAAAACAAUGCUUUUCACCUGAUAUAACUUGCUUUACCAAGACAAGUUAUCCUCUCGCUCACCAUGCUAACAUAUAUAACCUGCAAGCUGCAGUUGCAUUUCCAUUACGAAGCAUCUAUACUGGAUUGUUUGAGUUUGUUUUGGAGUUAUUCUUGCCCCAACGUUGUCGAGACCCCGAAGAACAAAGCCGAAUGUGGGAUCUAUUGUCGAUUUCCAUCCAACAAUCUUGCCGUAGUUUACAAGUCAUCCUUGACAAGGAGAUUGUGCCUACAGAAGAAACUGAUAAGAAAUCUGGGUCGUCAUCUUGGAUUGCCUGUACUAUGGGAGCUCAAAAGAAUGGUAAUGGCUGCUGCGUUUCGUGGGAUUGUAAAGAAAAUGAACCUAAAGAGGAGUUCAAGGUGAUAACUAAUUGGGAUGGCUCUGAUGAUCAGGUGGAAUUGGAACAUGACCUGCGGGUAUUCUCUGAGCUGCAACAACUUCAGAAAAUCUCUCCGCAGCCUAAGAGUAUUAGCAUUGAUGAUUAUGGAGUUUCAUCUUCCUCUGGUAAGCGCCGCGCAUCGAGUAGAAAAGCAGGCGAGAAGAAACGGAUCAGCAUAGAAGAUAGCAUCAGCUUAGAAGUUCUUCAACAACACUUUGCUGGAACCCUUCAGGAUGCUGCUAAAAGUAUUGGUGUGUGUCCCACUACAUUGAAACGGAUAUGCAGAAAGAAUGGUAUCACCAGAUGGCCCUCUCGAAAGAUCAAGAAGGUAGAUCACUCUUUGAGAAAACUGCAAAAGGUGAUAGACUCCGUUCAAGGUAAUCAGGGGUCCAUUCACAUCGGCUCUUUCUAUUCAGCAUUUCCACAGCUGAGCUCUCCAAAAAUUUCUAUCAAUGCUCCUUUCUCAUCAACUAUGAAGAAUAGAGACAAUUCAAAGCAAUUUAACCCUCCACCUGAACGUGCAGCCUCAAGAUCAUCUCACUCUUCUUCAUGCAGCAAGGGCUCUUGUUCAAGUAUGUGCUGCUCUGCUCAGUCACACAAGCACACUACAACCAUUAAUAAUUUAAGUAGCAGAAGUCCUUUGCUGGCACAGAACCCUAAUGAGGUACUGCAAGAAAGAAGUUGCAGUAAAGUAGAAUUACAUGCACUGAAUCAAGAGGAACUGAACAUUCCUGUAAGAUCUCUAGUUCAUAAAACAUUGAGCAACUUUUCAAGUAUGGAUACUCCACCACCCUGCUCUUUCUUGACAAAUAAAAUUGGCCAGAGUUUACAAGAGGCGGGCGCAUUCAGAGUGAAAGCCAUUUUCGCAGAAGAAAAGGUUCGUUUAUGCUUGCAACCUAAUUGGAAGUUAUGGGAAUUGCGGCAAGAGAUAGGAAAGCGUUUCAACCUAGAUGAUUUCACAGGAAUAGAUCUCAAGUAUUUGGAUGAUGAUGGCGAGUGGGUUCGUUUGAACUGUGAUGCUGAUCUUGAGGAGUGCAAAGACAUUUAUAAGUACUGUAAGAGCAAAGCAGUCAUAAUAUCACUUCACCAAGCUUCUCAACCAAUUCUGGCAAGUUCACUUUGCUGGAGGGGCCAAUUCUAGUGGUCUAAAUGGCACUUGCUCUCACAACAACAAUGAAAAUAUUUAUUUUUAUUUUCUCAAGUACAUUGUGCCAUACGGUGCAUGAAAAUUACAUAUUGUUAUGUCCUGGACACAUAUGCAUGCAGAUAUCAAACUUGUGAAAGAAUGCAUUGAAAAGAGUAAAAUCUAACACAACUAUGUUACUCGAA